UUUUAGAUGCUACUGUCAUAUAAUCAUAUCUGUAACUAUUGAAGUUCCUUCUUUUUUCGGCAAAAUGGCGGAAGGUACGUCAAGUAUUCCUGAAUUAGAAGAGCAAAAAAAUCAAAUUACCCAAAUUUCUAAAAAAGUUUUAGCACGACAAGAUGCAUGGUGUCUCAUUGAUAAUAAAUGGUUUAAACAAUGGAAGAAAUAUGUUGGUUAUGACAAUUGGGAAACUGCCAAUGUUGGAGAUCGUGCAACACAUCCUGGCCCCAUUGACAACUCUCCUCUUCUUAGGGAUGAUGGAAGUGGUGAGAUUAAAGACCACCUGAUUGAUGAAUUGGAUUAUGUCCUUUUGCCUGAAGAAGCGUGGGAUUUGUUGGUAAAGUGGUAUGGAUUAGUUGAAGGUCAACAAGCAAUUGUACGUAAAGUUGUGGAAUAUGGCAUGUUUGUCAAACACUGCAAGGUUGAAGUAUAUUUGUUGGAAUUCAAGUUGUGUUCAAAUAGUGAUCUAGAGCAUGUUGUAACAAAAAAGUUCAGUAAAUCAGACACAAUAGGGUACAUUGAGCAAGAAAUGCGGAGUAUAUUUAAUAUCCCUUCUGAAAAAGAGACUAGGCUUUGGAAUCGCUAUAGUCAUAAUACAUAUGAACAUUUAAACAACAAAGACAGUACAGUUCAAGAUGCAGGUCUCUAUCAUGGGCAGGUGUUGAUAAUUGAAGAAAGAAAUGAUGAUGGUACUUGGCCUAGACAAGUUAAAAGUACAAGUGCAGCAUUAUCAUACACCAACUCAUCAAGCACUGGUUCUGGUGAUACAAGGGCUUACAACAACCAGUCAAGUACUAUGGCUACAAGAAGUUAUGGUAGUGUUGGCGGUGGCUAUGGCAGCUCUAGCUAUGCAUAUGAAUAUCAUUCUGGAAGUACAGGAAAUGUUCAACCAGGACUGUGUGGCUUGAGUAAUUUGGGAAACACCUGCUUCAUGAAUGCAGCUUUGCAAUGCAUGAGCAAUACACCGCCUCUGGUAGAUUAUUUUCUUCAAGAUCGCUACUGGGAUGAAUUGAACAAUGAGAAUCCUCUUGGCAUGCAAGGAGAAAUUGCAAAGUCAUUUGGUGAAUUGAUAAAAAAUAUGUGGUGUGGCCGAUAUUCUUAUACUGUUCCACGAAAUUUCAAGAUGAUUGUUGGUCGUUUUGCUCCUCAAUUCUCUGGUUAUCAACAACAAGAUUGUCAAGAGUUAAUGGCGUUUCUACUUGAUGGAUUACAUGAAGAUUUAAAUAGAGUAAAGAAAAAACCAUACAUUGAGCAACAAGAUGCAGAUGGAAGGCCUGAUGAACUUGUGGCUAAAGAAGCUUGGGAAAACUACUUAAAGAGGAAUAACUCUGUGAUUGUUGACAUAUUUCAUGGUCUUUUAAAGUCAACUUUGGUGUGUCCUGAAUGUACAAAAGUAUCUAUAACAUUUGAUCCUUUCUGUUACCUGUCAUUACCUUUACCAAUAAAGAAAGAAAGACAAAUAGAAAUUCUGUUAAUAUCUGCUGAUCCUCUUGCUAGACCUUUAAAGAUGAAAGUUUCUGCUCCUAAAAUGGGAAAUGUUCAGGAUCUCUGUGAAGCUGUUUAUAAAAGUGUUCACAUUCCAGCAUCUAAUUUGAUUGUUACUGAUGUCUAUAAUCAUCGAUUGCAUAAAAUUUUUGGCAAAGAGGAACUUUUGAGUAAUAUUAUGGAAAGAGAUGAAAUAUUUGUCUAUGAAAUUCCUGCUAAUUUAGAAGAAAAUGGACCUGCUUGUAUGCUUCCUGUUUAUUUAAAGCACAAAAAAUCUAAAUCUUCAAAUACUGGUACAUCUUCUACUCUUUUUGGUCAUCCUAUUUUCAUCCCAGUCACAGGAAAGAACUGUUCCUUUGUUCAACUGUAUGGUAUUUUGCUGCAACAAAUGUCACGGUUCCUUAAACCUCCACAGACAGAUGAAGAAUGGGAAGCAUUGGCUUCAUCAGAGGCUGAAAAACAAAAUGGAGAUGUAGAUAUGACUAAUGGUGAAGAUUAUGAUAGUGAGAAAUCGGACUGUGAAAAAGAAAGUGAAGCAGACUAUGAUACUGAUUGUGAAAACACUAAAGAAAAACCUCGAUUGCUUUUUAAUAUAAUUAGUGUAAAUGCAUCAGGUAACCUAGACGUUGAUCAAAUUUUGAAUGAUGGUCGACUUCUGAAACUUGAGCGAAAAUCAUCUUCACAUAUUGGAAAAUUAUAUUUAGCUGUAGAGUUUGAUGAACGGGUGAAAGAGAAAUGUUUUAACGAGAAAGAAUUGUUGGCAUACAAUAUACAUGAAUCUAUGAACAUGCGAAUAUCGCAAAAGAAGCAAGUUAUUCAACUUAGUGAAUGUCUAGAAUUAUUCACUACAGUUGAAAAAUUAGGAGCUGAUGAUCCUUGGUAUUGCCCAUCUUGUAAAAAGCAUCAGCAAGCUACUAAAAAAUUUGAUUUAUGGUCACUGCCACAAGUAUUAAUAAUCCAUCUCAAGCGCUUUUCAUACAACAGAUACUGGAGAGAUAAACUUGAUACUCUUGUUGAAUUCCCUGUGAACGGUUUGAACAUGGCAAAAUAUGUACUUAAUCCAUCCCAUGGCCCUGCUGUAUAUGAUCUCAUUGCUGUUGCAAAUCACUAUGGUGGGAUGGGUGGUGGACAUUACACAGCUUAUGGCAAGAACUCAGGUACAGAUUGUUGGUAUUACUUUGAUGACAGUAGUGUUACACAAUCUUCUGAAGACCAUGUUGUUUCCAAAGCUGCCUAUGUGUUGGUCUACAUGCGCCGGGAUGCUGCUGCUCAUAGUCAUCACUCAAGUCGGCAAGCUAUAUCUGCAGCACUAGGGGCACCUAGAAAUACUCAUGUAUCCAGUCCUGACGAUGAUGCAGGCUCGUCAAGUGACGAAGAUUGUAGUAUGGAUGUAAAUUAGGUUUAUUUAAUUUUAAUUAGGAACUUUUUAAAAACCAUGAGUGAGAAAAAUAAAUAAAUAAAAAAAGAAUCUUGCUAAGUCAGACACUUGAAUCAUGCUGAUUGACUGGUUACACGCUUGUAAAGAAAACUAAUAUGAAAUCAACUGACAGGUGUUUUGUACGUAGCUGUAGAUAUUUACUCACUGAGGGACACUUAGCAAGUACUUCAUUUUUAUAAAAUGAGAGAGCUUGCAAUUUGACUUGAAUGUCUAAAUCUGAUCAUGGAAGAUAUAAUGCUGCUGUUCUGCUCUUAUUUAUUAUUUCACCCUCGUAUCUUGUGUUUGAAAACUCUGUAAAAAGCUAAAUUGGAAUGAAUUAUUUUUCCUGAGUACUGUGAUUUUGUUUGGUUCAUUUGCAGUUGUUUGAUUCAUUUGCUCGUAUAAAAUAAGUAUUUUUUUGAAUUGCAGGAUUUGCAUCCGUGUGAUAUUGAUCACUUGUAUUUAAAAAAACUUCAAUUUCCCUGGAGUUGUAAAGGUAGAAAUUGUACCCCAGAACAUGGAGUGAGCAUGAUAGAUAUACUUGUAAAUAAUUAACUUUUGAAUAAAACAUUGCUUUAUUUUUUCA